AUGCUUUUCAUGUGGCUUAUUCUUCAUCAGUUAUUCGAUUUUUGUUGUUCUGGUUAUGAAGCAAUUGGCGACUGCUUUAAGGAAGUUGAUAUAAAUGAUGCAGCAAGCAAUGAAACAUGUCAACUAUUAAUUUUCGGGAGGGAUUGCAAAAAUCCAAAUUUAUACCCGAUAAUUCUUGCGAGAUGUCCAGCAACAUGUGGCUUAUGCGAUCAACCAGGUGUUCUAGGAGAAUGCCCUGAUAGAAGUGAUAAUUGCGCUACCAUAAUAGGUUUGGAUCCUAAGCAGUGCAACAAGACUAGUGUGGCUAAUAUGUGCAUGAAAAGUUGCAAUUUAAAAACUUGUUUGUCAGGUAAAUGCGAAUUGAAAGAAUCAAUUUUAACAGCGGGGAUUAUCAGAUAG